CAAUAAACCAUCAAUUAAUCAAUCAAGCAAUCACUUAUUUUCGAUCCAAUAUUACUUUGUCAAGGGAUAAGAGGAUGGUAUAGGUAUGCUGUUGGGGAGGUGUUCAAACAGUAAUUAUCGCGCCUCCCUUGAGUCAGGGCGUGAUGGCGUUUUGACAGUUCAGUGUGUAAACAAACAUGGCAGAGGGCAGAGGUACGGACGAUGCCUCCGCCUGCCCUGACGCGGGAAUGGCGGCGCCCAGCGAGACCAUCCUCCCCACGGUGCUACACAUGAUGGAGGACAACACGGCGCACUUCAAAAACGACGACUCGGAGUACGGGCAGCGGCUCCACAGCGGGUUCGUGGUGCUGCGGGAGAACAUGGAGAAGGUGACGCGGCUGUCGGAGUCGCUGCGGCAGGAGGCCCACCUGUACGACCUGUCCCCCGCCACGCCCGGCAACGGCUUCAGGAGCUUCAACAACAUCGUGCACCAGGCAGUGACGGCGGUGUUCGGGCUGUGCCGCCAGGUGUGCACGGGGCGGGACUCGCUGCUCUUCAGGAAGGGCCACUACGUCAGGGAGGUAGAGGCAUGGGGCCAGACCCUUGCCUCGCUGGUUGUGCUGCUGGAGUACAUUGACGACGUGCUGCUGCCACGCUGUGAGGACGGCAACCUGCUGAGUGGCACCGGCAGCUCCCCCGAUGAGCUGAUGACGAUGCUGAACUCGGUGCCUCAGUACUCCUUCUACGGCCGUUGCUUGGGGUUCCAUUAUGUUCCUUCCUUGCGCAAGACUCUGAAGUACUUGAACAUCUGCCUGAGUGCGUUUAGUGAAGUCUACUAUGGAGGGGGCAACAGCUUCAUGCAGAGGACAAAGAACACGGUUAUGCUAAGUAGCCGCUAUGUGGUGGACGCUGAGCUUCGGUCCCGCCGCAUCGUGGAUGUGGUGCAGUACUCAUCCAUUGACUUCCUCAAGACGUUUUGGUCUGUGGCAGAAACAGACAUCAUGACCCAGCUGCCGGGCAUCGUGGGGCCCAGCCUGGCGGUGCAGCAGGUGGUGGUGGUGCCGUGCGAGGAGCAACAGGUCACGAAGGUGGACGGUACCGCCACUGUUGUUGUUCCCCCGCCACACUCCCACCUGGAGGCGCGGCCCAUCACCUGCCACCUCCUGUCAGCCAAGGUUCACGAAGGAAUGGUAGGCGCCAAGCCUGGUGAGAAGGAAGCAAAGGCAGGAACCGUGGCUCCACCUUCAGACAACCUCCUCAUCCACUGUCAUGGCGGAGGCUUUGUCACCCAGUCCACCAAGGCGCAGGAGGUGUUCCUGAGGGAGUGGGCAACCAGCACUGGAGUUCCCAUUCUCUCUAUCGACUACUCCUUGGCGCCGGAGGCCCCGUACCCCCGGCCGCUGGAGGAGGUGCUGACCGUCUACUGCUGGGUGCUCAACAACCUCAAGAUUCUGGGAUGCACAGGGAAAAAAAUUGUCCUCACAGGUGACAGUGCUGGUGGUAACCUGAUCACCGGCCUCACCAUCAAGUGUCUGGAGCUUGGCAUUCGUCCGGCUGACGGCCUCUUCCUGGCCUACACGCCCUUUGUGUUCCAGCUGAUCCCUUCCCCGGCCAGACUCCUCGCUGUCAUGGAUCCAAUGCUGCCGCUGGGUUUUGCUCUCAGGUGUCUUAAAGCGUAUGCUGGGGUACCAAGCCAGCAGGUGUCUCGGGUCACCACCCCGGGAGACUCCUCCCAACCAACCCCCUCCUUGGCCACGCCCUCCAUGGCCACACCUUCCCAGGCCACACCCUCCAUGGCCUCCAACAUCACCACCUCAGAGAGCAAUGGGCCACCGGAUGAAGCCCCACCAUCACAGACACCGGGUCAGGGAAAAUCAGUGGUAUCGGAGACAGUCAGUGACACUGAGUCCUUUGUGGAGGUCUCUGAGAGUGAUGUGAAAGAUGCCGAGGCCUUGGUCAAGAGUCCAUCAUUCCACUCUGAGCCGGGAUCAGACACCCUCACCACGGUCUCCCUUACCUCCGAGGCCUCAAAGCUGGAGGAGUCCACCAAGACCAGUAACGGUGUCAUUGGCCAGAAGCCUGAGGAAAAAGAGGAGCGCUCCAGGAGAUAUGUGGCAGAGUUCUUGGAGAAAUAUGUUCUUGAUUCUCGAACGGAUAAGCAGGGCAGGAAAGUACCCAUCCUCCGGACCGGCAGCGAGGAGAGUGAACCAGAGGAUGAAACGGUGCUCUUUGAGGCCCCGGGUGUUGGUGCAGGAAUCACAGCCAAGCUGGGACGGGCCAGGGAUGCUGUCGUCAGUGGCAUCUCAGCCGGCCUUACAUCAUUUGGUCUCCGCAGAAAGGAAAGUGUGUCCUCGCCAACCUCACCUGUCAAGUCACCGCCAGCACCAGAAACCGCAAAAAGACCCUCCAUGGGACAAAUACUGAUGGGAGGGAACAACGCUUCACGGAGGAACAGCCGCUGCAGCCUGUCGGAGGAGUUCAGGGGAGUGGAGCUGCUCAACGACCACUACCUCAGCCCCCUCACGGCCCCCAAGGAGACACUGGCCAAGUUUCCUCCAUGUGUCAUCCUGACUGUGGAUUAUGACUUCUGUCUGGAUGAUGACGUCACAAUGGCUAAGCUCCUCAAGUCCCUGGGCGUCCCCGUCACUCUGGACAUCCUGGAGCAGCUGCCUCACGGCUUCCUUAGCUUAUCCAUGGUGUCCCAGGAGGCGCAUGUUGGGUGCAAGAAGGCCAUCUUUCAUAUCAAGCAUCUCCUAGGCAUAAAUGAAGAUCCUGCCCCCUCUGCUGCAGCAGCGGCUGCCUCCACCACCUCAACCUCCAACAACACCACCAACAAGAUUACCUAAGUUGAAGAAACUCGCAGCUUUUGUGUUCUACAAGUAAGUAGCUGACUUGUCUUCAUUAUAAUCAAUAUAUUAUACAUAAUUUAGAUUUUUUUAGAUUGUGGUAAUGUAGUUAAAAGUUUGCUCAGUUCUGCUAUUACAUUAUUAUUGUAUUUAUAAUAAAUAUAGUUGAAUUAGGUUUAUGGGAUGUUGAAUCUCCUUUAUUAGUUUGCCAAAGAUGAAUAACUACUGUAGCUUGUAUUCUUGAAACUUUAUAUGAUAUACAAUACUCCAAUGAUAAUCCUUGCAUAGACUGAUAGCACUGCAGAUGUAUAGUUUUAUACUUCACAGUCCUAUGAAGGCACCACAAUGUCUGCGAGUUUAGUUAUAGUUUUAAUGUGAUACUCUGUUUAUUAAGUUAUUUCAUAAUAUUACAUAAUACUUUGGUGAGUUUUUGGAAUGUGCUUCAAGUAGUUACUUAUAUGGAAAGGAAUUCUGAUUCAGAUUUGACCUUUCAUUAUAGAAGUGUUUAUUUAUUUAUUUAUUUAUUUAUUAGACUGUGCUCCGAUACAGAAAUGGAUUUGCUAAAUCUGUGUAUUUGAAGUCUAGGCUAAGUCAAACGUAUUAUAUGAUGGAACUGGACAUCAUAGAUCCUAUGUAACCAAGUAAGGAAAUUAGAUAUGGUCAUUCUCCAUUGUCAGGUUUGUUUCAUAAAGUAUUUGGAAGUCCUUUGAAAGAAAUUUAAAGGAAAUAUAUUUUUUCACUGAAAGAUGUAACUAAUGGAGGCCUUUCAAGCCUCAUUAGCUGUUAUCAUGUUGGUGUAUUUAUUGUGUUUCAGAAAAAGAUAUGAUUCUAAUGUUGCUUCCAUGGCUUCUCAUAAGUAACCUGAAACAAUUUAUUGAUGUCACUUCAGACUGAAAUGUGUUAAGAACUCAAGCAUUAUGUCAAUUUACUCCUUAACUUCACUUUGGGGGCUUCAUCUUACCAGCCUCCCACCAAAGGUGACACAAACAUAUCCCCUUCAGUCUUUGGGUUAGCAUGGUACUCAUGAAGGAACUAUCUUUAAGACCAGAAGUGAUCAGAAAGAGUUUGUAAUUUUUUUAUGUGCCAUAUUUUAAUAGUAAUAUACUGUAGAUGUGUUCAUUACUUGCAUGGACUAACACUUGAUAAAUGAUUUGAAAUGCUUUAUACACUUGACCCUUAAUUUAAUGGAUUUUGGAUUCAAUGGACUCCAUUCACUACCAGACAAGCAGACUAGACCACUCAAAAAGUCUGCUUCUUGAAACAUGUGUCCACCUUACGGCUAUGUGGUGAUGCAACAUUCCUGCCAAAUCAUGCAUGACUUGCAGUACAUGUCUACCAUUACUACACUACACAUGAAUGCCAUAGUGUAACAACUGCACCAUGUGGAAGGUGACCUGCUCACUUUGGAUUUGAUUAUCACUGGUGAGCCUGUCUUGGUAGCGCAACACGGCCGAUGACCAAGAUCAAGACUUGGUAGAUGGAGUGUGCAGCUAAACCUUGUGCUACCAUUGGAUUAUAAUGUAUGGAUUACCGGUUUUACCACAACACUUUUUUAUUACCACACAAAAGAAUAUAUGAAGAAGAUCAACCCUGAACCAAGACCAAAACCAACACAAUAACCAUUACAAUGGACACUGAUAUUUAUUGUAUCAAACACUAUUAGCAAGCAAUGGACUUUUUCCAGUAACAGACUAGUUGAUUUCCCAGUGAGUCUGCUAAUUGAAGGGUCGAGUGUAUAUAUAUAUUUUUUUUACUUUUCUUUCACUACGUAUGGAAUGGGCCUAAUGUUGAUGGAUUCGCCAUAUAAAGACUUGGUACAGGAAUUCCCGGCUAACCAACCCACGUGCAUCUCUAGACUACCAGUUGGAUAUCGAACAGUGUGAUCCUGACCUAAUGUUCAUAUAAGAUUGUGGAGAAUCAGCUUGGUCACAUUUUGGUCACAGCAGUAGUAGACAGUUCCUUGUACCUUCAGUUCUCAGGCUAUUUUAUGGGGUCAUUGUCCAUUAUCAUAACUUCAAAUGAUAUCAGUCUUGACAUGUAGCUACAGGCUAUGUGACCGUGCUUCCCAAGAGUAUUAGGGGUCUUGUUGCAUGGCGAUCAACUAGAACAGGUGGUCUUCAGGAACUUCAGUAUAUUUCAUUGACUUCUUUUUUAAUGGCCUGUAUCUCCUGUCUAGUUCAAGCAUGUGUUUCAUUAUCCAAGACUCUCCAGGACAGCUGUAAAUCAUUCCAAUUAGUCAUUUUUUCUCUACAUCUAGCUUUUCCUUCUCUAUCACCUCCACUGUGUCAUCUGGUGGACUGGUGAGGAAACGUUUUGCUAGCAGACAUGUAUGGUUUGAAGAAGUGUUGGGUCUGAGUGAGCCAGUCAUGUCUCUGGGGAAACAUGGGUUGGAUAGAAAAUAGACUAGUCAAAUAGAUAUGGCUGAUUCUGCAAGUGGUUGGUUAUUGAGAGGUUGGUUUGGGGGUAAUUCCUGUACACCAGAGUAAUACUCAGUGGCAUUUUACAUACUCAGCUGUUUUACAAUACAUAGUUACUGUUAGUAGCUACUAACAUGGUUCUGAUAGAAAAACAUAUAAUGUAGUUAUGUAGUAUUUAUAUCUAAACUUAAGGGCUUGCAGCCUGCUUGUGUCUUUUAAUAGAGCUUAGUUGAAGGAGCUUUGAAAUAUCUCAUUCAAGAAUUGCUGCUAUACAUAUUUAUAAUGGAAAUGAGAAUAAGUUUAUGGUGUGGUUAUGCUAAGGUGCCAUUUCUGGAAAAAAAAUGUGUUUGAUUCUUCAUGAUCUUGGAAAGCAUUCCUUUUUUUUUUUUUUUUGAAAGUAUUUCAGGGGGAUAAAGUAGGCACUGAGCUGACACCAUUUCAGCAGGUUAAACAAGGGUCUAAAGGGGGCAAAACAGGAGCAGCAGUAGUAGGCAUUACCUGUCUGUGGGACCCAAAGCUGUCAUCUGAGCUGGUCCAGUGAUCACCGGGCAUCACUAAUAAAGACACUUUUUACAUUAAGGGAAUAGUUCAGGGAAGUAUGGGUAUUAACUCCAGCAAUGAUAUUUGCAAUAAUUUUAAAU